AUGUCCGUAACAAUCCACCUGGACCGGCCUCACAAGCACUUCACUAACCUCGACGUUCUCGUUGGGAAAGUGGUGCUCACUCUACCCUCCGAAGCUGCUGUAGGAGGGAUACAAGUGAAGCUUGAGGGCGAGAGUCGUACGCGUCUUGCAGGCCCGCGAUAUCCGCAUCAUGAGCAGUCGGACAAAAAGCGGACGGAGAUCGAGGUUCACAAGCUCCUGUAUAAGGUUGCUACCGUCUUUCCCACUCCGGAAGUUUUUAACUCGAAGACCCCCGAAAGGGUCUACACAUUCGCCAAAGGAACCUACGAGUACCCGUUCAAGUUCAAGUUCCCGUUCAACAAUGCUUGCAAUUUCCAAAAUAGCAUGCUCACCAACCUCAACAUCACCGGCCUCAAGGUGGAGGUGGCGAAGGAUACUCAUCGCCAUGUGAAGAAAACGCUUCCACCAUCUCUCAGCGGGUUUCCCGGAAUGGCCGAUAUCAAGUACUAUGUGAAAGCCACGGUCAUCCGUCCACAAUUCUACAAGGAGAAUAUCAGGGGGAUCACCAACUUGAAUUUCCUACCAAUCGAGCCCCCGCGAACAGGGAAUCCAAGCGAAGAGACUUACGCCAGACGCCAACAUCAAUUUUCGGAUCUCCCUCCCGUCUCCAAGAAAAAAGGUCUUUUUCAGAAGAUCUCAAGCAGCUCCCUCCGAGAAAGCGCCAGUAACGGCCCUCGCGUGUCCGCAGAUUUGAGAUUACCCAACCCUUCGAUACUCACCUGUAAUGAACCUAUACCGAUGCGAAUCAUUGUCAAGAAAUUGUCCGAGUCGUACGAGACCAUCUUCUUGCAGAUGUUACAAGUUGAACUGAUUUCAUAUACACACAUCCUCGCCCAUGACCUCAAGCGGACAGAGAGUGGCACCUGGGUCAUGUUGAGCUGCAGCAAUAUGGCCAUGCCUCUAGGAAGAGGGGGAGAUCCUGCUGAGACCGAAUGGACCUUGGAUGCUAACAUGUGGAACCGCAUACCGCUCCCCAGCACUGUAGCUCCAUCAUUUGAAACAUGCAAUGUCUCCAGAACCUACGAACUUGAAGUUCGUAUAGGUCUCACACAUGGAUCAGUGGGAAACAUGAAACCUCAGCUUAUCGUACUUCCGUUGCGCAUGCCCGUCAAGGUCUUCUCUGGCAUUGCACCUCCACAAGCACUCUUGGAAGCUAUAGCUGCGAAUGGGAAUGUUAAGCCGACUGUGUCCACCUCAACCCGACCUGCAGGUGAUGGUCUGCCUCCACCGAUGCCUCCUCGGCCCGCCCGGCCACCCGCGCCUAGCAACCCAGAAGAUGGCUACGACGAUGCUCCUCCAAGCUACGAAGACGCGAUGGCUGAUACUCUCAGCCCAAUUGAUGGCCCUCGUAGAGAGUAUAACCCAUCAAGCGCCUCCUCCGAAAGAUUGUUUGAAUCUGGCGCUGAUGCAAGAUCUCCAGUUGGAAAGGCACCUGAGGCAUCGACACUGUACGGCAAUGAGGGGGCCAAUUCCUCUGCGGAAACCCUCGAUAUGCUGCCUUCAACCCCUCCAGAGUCCCGGUCCGGAUCACCCGUCUCUUUUGUUUCCCGCCAACAAAGCGUACUCAAAAUACACAAGGCUAUUCCUCCAGAGGAAAGCCCUCCGCAAUACCAGGCUACAGCGGACAGUCAACCUCAGACAUCUAGCAGCCAGGCCGAUCACAGACCACUCCGACCAGAGCACCGCACCAUGAACCUGGGAGUACCUAAUCGGAAGCCAGUUCCUCGUAGUCCAAAUCGGGAUGUCUGA